UCAGGCACAGCAUCCACUUCCUCUAAAUAAUCAAACACACAAAAGCAAUGGGAUAUGGAAACCUCACAGAAUUUAUAUUGCUGGGACUUUUCCAUAAUGAGGAUGUCAAGGCAAUAUGCGGUGUGUUGUUCUUGCUUUGCUAUCUUGCAAUUCUCUGUGGAAACUUGAUUGUUCUUCUCACUAUCAAGGGCAGUCAGCUUAGUGAGCAGCCAAUGUAUUUUUUUCUCAGCUAUCUGUCCUUCAUGGAUGUCUGCUUCACUUCCACAGUGGCCCCUAAAUUUAUUAUAGACCUAUUGGUACAAUGUAACACAAUUUCCUACAAUGGCUGCAUCACCCAGAUGUUUUAUGCCCACUUCUUUGGUGCCACUGAGAUUUUUAUCUUGGUGGUCAUGGCCUAUGAUCGUUAUGUAGCCAUUUGCAGACCCCUUUACUACAUGAUCACCAUGAGCAGACAGGUAUGUUACAUCCUUGUGAUAGCCUCAGUUUUUGGUGCUUUUAUACAUUCACUUGUGCAUGUAUUGGUUAUUAUCGGACUUCCUUUUUGUGGCACCAAUGAAAUAGACCACUACUUCUGUGAUAUAUUCCCACUGCUGAAGCUCGCCUGCACUGACACAGGACUCCUGGUAAUUGUAAUCAUUACCACAACAGGAGUUCUGUCCAUUCUGACCUUUAUUGCCUUGGUCAUUUCUUACAUCAUCAUUUUGUCCAUAUUGAGGACUAGGUCAUCAGAGGGCCGCCGCAAAGCUCUUUCUACCUGUGGCUCACAUAUCACUGUUGUAUUCAUGUUCUUCUUGCCACUCAUCUUUACCUAUGUCCCAAUGGGUGAUUCUGUUGGGGAUGACAAGGUGUUUGCUCUGUUUUACACCAUGAUUGCCCCAUUGUUCAACCCUCUCAUCUACACACUGAGGAAUACAGACAUGAAAAAUGCCAUGAGAAAGGUGUGGUACCAAGACAAACUGUUUGAAGGAAAGUGAACCUCUGCUGGUGGAGCCUUUUUUUCUCAGUCAUAUCCUAUCUACAGAAUAAAUGUGAGCAAUACAGCAAGAUAGCAAGAUAGCCUAGU